CAGCAGCCGGGGGUGGCGGGGGUGCCCAGCCUUCCAGCUCGGAGGUCGCCGGGACGGGGAAGAUGCCGCAGCCCGAGCCGCCGAGCCCCGUCGCGGAGCUCCCCGGCCCCCGCCGCUGCGGAGGGGCGCAGAGCGUGGCGCGGCCCGGGCGGAGCUAGAGGCGGGCGUCUGCACCGCGUCGCGCCACCCGCAGUUCCCCGCCUCCGGCCAGGCCUGUCGCGGCCGAUGUCCUGACCGCGGGCGCAGCUGCAGGGUUGGCAAGGUGCCGCGCUCGAGGAGAGGCGUGAGGAGUCCUGGCGGCGCCCGAGUCCACCAGCUCCGGACGCUGGUCCCCGGGGGCACGCGCCUCGGCGCUCCUCCCUCCCGCCCCUGCUCCUCCUAGCCGCACGAACCUCCCCCGACCCCUCCUUCCACCCACCCUAGAGGAUGCUCUCCCCCGCGCCGAGCAGCAGAGGCCACCGCUCCCAGAAAUGCGUGCGCCCGAUCCCCUUCUCCCGGACCCGAGGAGCCCGCGCCCCCGCCCUGUAGGGUUAUGAUUCACUGAUUUAAAAGAAGGACUUUUCCAAAUACUUUGCAUUUUGAUUGUGUAUUAUGGAUACCAAGGAAGAGAAGAAGGAACGGAAACAAAGUUAUUUUGCUCGAUUGAAAAAGAAAAAACAAGCCAAACAAAAUGCAGAGACAGCCUCAACUAUUGCUACAAGGACCCACACUGGAAAAGAGGAUGCUAAAACAGUCAUUUUAGAACAAGACAAAUGCAACAGUGCUGUAGAAGAGGAGUAUAUUACUGAUGAGAAAAAAAAGAGAAAAAAUAAUCAGUUAAAGGAGAUCAGGCGUACAGAACUAAAGAGAUAUUAUAGUACUGAUGACAAUCAAAACAAAACACAUGAUAAAAAAGAGAAGAAGAUGGUGGUUCAGAAGCCCCAUGGGACUGUGGAAUACACUGCUGGAAGCCAGGACACCCUAAACUCCAUAGCCCUGAAGUUUAACGUCACUCCCAAUAAAUUAGUGGAACUGAAUAAACUUUUCACACACACUAUUGUUCCAGGCCAGAUCAAGAAUUCUAAAAGCAUUCUGGAACUGAGGAACUGUUCAGAGGUCCUUUUUGUGCCAGAUGCCAACUUUCCUUCCAGUACCUUAAGAUUAUCAUCAUCCAGUCCUGGUGCUACUGUCUCUCCUUCAUCAUCAGAUGCAGAAUAUGAUAAACUGCCUGAUGCUGAUUUAGCAAGAAAGGCCUUAAAACCCAUUGAAAGAGUCUUAUCAUCCACUUCUGAAGAAGAUGAGCCAGGCGUGGUAAAAUUUCUAAAAAUGAAUUGCCGAUACUUCACCGAUGGAAAGGGGGUGGUCGGAGGCGUCAUGAUUGUUACUCCCAACAACAUCAUGUUUGACCCUCACAAGUCUGAUCCCCUGGUCAUUGAAAAUGGUUGUGAGGAGUAUGGCCUCAUUUGCCCCAUGGAAGAGGUGGUUUCCAUUGCUCUCUACAAUGACAUUUCCCACAUGAAGAUCAAAGAUGCCUUGCCAUCUGACCUACCUCAGGAUCUUUGUCCUCUGUACAGGCCUGGAGAAUGGGAAGACCUGGCUUCAGAAAAAGACAUCAACCCCUUCAGUAAGUUCAAAUCUCUCAACAAGGAAAAACGGCAGCAGAAUGGGGAGAGAACCAUCACUUCAGAUUCCAAAUCCAUAAGACCUUUGGAGAAGUCAACAGAAUAUACGCACAUGAAGCCCUCAGAUGGCUCUCUGUCAGGAAAGGUAAAGACACUCGAGUCUUCUACAGAGGCAACCAGUGGAUCUGCCACAGUGACUAAGGUCAGCAAGGAACCUUCUGACACUCGUGCUGCAUUUGAAUCUAUAGCCAAAGAAAAUUCCCUUUUAGGGGAAGAUGAUGACUUUGUUGACUUGGAAGAACUUUCUUCUCAAACUGAUAGUGGAAUGGACAAAAGAGACACCUCAAAGGAGUGCCUUUCUCUUGACCCAAAAGAGCUAAGGAAGGCUAAGUCCCGCAUCAUCGGUUCCACUACAGAAAUGCAGGUGCAAUCAGCUCUGAACUUUUCAGGAACAGAUAAUGACGCUGAACUGAAGGGGGCCCUAGAUUUAGAAACCCGUGAGAAGCAAGAUGUAAUGCCGGAGGUGGACAAGCAGUCUGGUUCCCCAGAAAGCCAGGUGGAAAACACACUGAACAUACAUGAAGAUCUAGAUAAAGUUAAACUCAUUGAAUAUUACCUGAAUAAGAACAAAGAAGGGUCACAGUUAACUGAAAACUUGCCGAAGGCAGAAUUAAGUGAUGGCCAAAGUACUGAGCCAGUGGGAAUAGAUAUCACCCUUAGCAGUUCUCUUCCCCAGGUAGGCGGUCCCCCAACUGAGGGCAGUAAGGAGACAGACAAAACCUGGGUGAAAGAGAGAGUGUCCCUCCCAUUGCAACCGGCCUCUUCUACAGAAGAAAAUGUGAAUAAAGGGUCUUUAGACACCUCUUCAGAAUCUACCCUGGACAACAGCUGCCAAGGGGCACAAAUGGAUAAUAAGUCCGAAAUUCAGUUGUGGCUACUAAAGAGAAUUCAGGUCCCCAUCGAAGAUAUACUUCCUUCAAAAGAGGAGAAAAGCAAGACUCCACCCAUGUUUCUGUGCAUUAAAGUAGGAAAGCCAAUGAGAAAAUCCUUUGCCACUCACAGUGCAGCCAUGGUCCAGCAGUAUGGCAAACGAAGAAAGCAGCCGGAGUACUGGUUUGCUGUUCCUCGGGAGAGGGUGGAUCACUUGUACACGUUCUUUGUUCAGUGGUCUCCUGACGUCUAUGGGAAAGAUGCCAAAGAGCAAGGCUUUGUGGUGGUGGAAAAGGAAGAACUGAAUAUGAUUGACAACUUCUUCAGUGAGCCGACCACCAAGAGCUGGGAGAUCAUCACGGUUGAGGAGGCAAAGCGCAGGAAGAGCACCUGCAGUUACUAUGAAGAUGAUGAUGAGUUGGCCCUGCCAAUCCUGCAGCCCCACAGUGCACUCCUGGAGAACAUGCACAUAGAGCAGUUACAAAUAUUUGUCAGAGUAAAAGGAAGCAACGUGUGGCUGGCCCGACGCCUUCCAGCAAGGGUACAGGGGUAUCCGUGGAGACUCGCCUAUAGCACAUUAGAGCAUGGGACCAGUUUGAAAACUCUCUAUCGGAAGUCAGCGUCCUUAGACAGCCCUGUCCUGUUGGUCGUCAAAGAUAUGGAUAAUCAGAUUUUUGGAGCAUAUGCAACUCAUCCUUUCAAGUUCAGUGACCACUAUUAUGGCACAGGCGAAACUUUUCUGUACACAUUUAGCCCCAAUUUCAAGGUCUUUAAGUGGAGUGGAGAAAACUCAUACUUUAUCAAUGGAGACAUAAGUUCUUUGGAACUUGGUGGUGGAGGGGGACGAUUUGGUUUAUGGCUAGAUGCUGAUUUAUACCAUGGACGGAGCAACUCUUGCAGCACUUUCAAUAACGAUAUCCUUUCCAAAAAGGAAGACUUCAUAGUUCAGGACCUCGAGGUAUGGACAUUUGAGUGAAACUCACUCAGACUGCCUUAAAAUACCACAUUAAAAAGGUCAGGUUCCAUCAGCCCUCCUAAAGCUGGCUUCCUGGAAGACACAGCCCUGGCCCUGACUGCCUCAUCCCACCAUACUGCUUCCUUUCCGCCAACGUCUCAGAGCAUGGCCACACCGCAGAGGGAUUCUGAAAGGGACAUGUGGAGGGCAGACAAGGAAGAAAGAGUUGAAGUCCGGAGUGUUGAAGGACUUUAUACUCCCAUUUCCUUCAAAUCUAUACAGUGAGGAAUCAGAAUAUUUAUAGAUGUAUGAGUUGAAUGCAAUUUUUAUUUUUGGUAACUGUGAAAAAAAAUACUGUGGAAAUACAUACAUGCCUUGUGUAUUUAUCAACAUAAUUUUCAUUACCAAAAUGUACAGCAUAAUAUUGUUUGCCAUGGAAAAGCUUAGUCUCAUUUAGAAAAAUUGAAAGUGCUCGGCACUUAAAGGGAAUAUAUGAUUUUUUUAAAAAUUGUCUUAUUUAUUAUUUCUAGUAUAUUGUCUAAAAUUUGUUGGCAGUUUUUUCUUUUAAUGUGUCAAAUUGAAAUAAAUGUAUACAUUUUGUGCUAUGUUUUGGAAACAAACCCAUUUGAUUUAUAUAGUUUUAUAUUGAAUUUUUUUUUUUUUUGGCCCUGAUUGUUUAGGGUGAUAGGUCUUAAGCAGCAUAUAUAUAUAUAUAUAUGCAUAAUUCUGAAAUUUAAAAAAAACUCAUUACCAAUGUUUAUUGAUUUGACUAUUGUAGGCCAGCUUUCCAUUUAGUCAUUAAAAAAGGAACAUUUUUACUUACUCUGAACAUAAUUGUGUAAAGAAGAAGCCAUUUCCCACAGUCAUAAGUUCGUAUUUACAAAAAUGUAUACCUUUCUGAAUCCAGACUUAGAACAAACCCUGCUUUUGAAAAGAAAAUGUUCUGUUUCUUACAAAAUCAUGUGUGUUAAUAACAAAAACUUUAUUUUCAUAGUGUUUUGUGCAUAAUUUUCCCCAGGUUCUUAAAUUGAUGAACAGGCCUCUGUUUUAAAAGAAACUGAAUGUUUUAAUUUCUGCAUAUUUUAUAGCAAAUGAAAAAUGUCAAAUUAGCCCAACUGUAUUGGUUUCUAGACUCUUUUGAGAAAAAGCAAUGCAAAGAAGUGCAUUCAUACCAAAAUUGGAAUAAAAAAAGUAAAACCUAUUUUUUAACAUCAACCCAUUUUCAUAUCAUAAAAUACUCUUUGUUAAAAAUGAUAAUAAAGCCUUGUUAAAAAUUAAACAAUAUUACUGAUUGCCAAACUUGUAUGAAAGCCAAAGACUGAUAACAGAAAAAGUUUUCAAAUAACAGCCAAUGCUGAGAAGUGGUCUGUCAUAAAUUAUAUCCCCAGUGAUCUCUGAAAGGAAAAAUUAAUAACAAGUAGCAUUUAUAUACCUGCAUUUAAAAAAAAUAAAACCAUCUUUAGCAUGUUAGCCUUAAGCUGGCAGAAUAUUUCCUUUAUUCUCUUAUUUUAGGAUAUUUAUGAAAGAGAACAAAUUGCCAAGUGGCCUCCUGUCAGAUCAGCAACUAUUUUAUUCACAUUCCAUGCAAGUUUAAAUGAAUUCUGUUAAAUCUUAAAUAUGUAGCCUGGGUGUGCUUUCACCCAAGUUCUCCUAUUGAGAACUCUUGAUUAACAACAUAUUCACAGUUUAACCUUAACCUGCUCAUUAAAUGAUGUGUUGGUGUGAGAGAUCAGGAAGGUCUCAUGAUGAUCAAGUUUAGCAUUUAUGCCAUGUGCAACCAUAUGCUAUUAAUGAACAAAAUGGUCAUUUUGCAUAUAGUUCAUGUCUACCUAGUUUAGUCCAUGAUAUUAUACUUGUGAGAGCAUACCCAGAUGCCGUGUUCUCUAUUUAAAACAGUAUUGUCCAAUCAGAAAUGUGUGGCCCUUCAUUUAUGGAUAUUGAGUAUAUGUAAUGCAGUGCUAGCCCAAUAUUUUCAAUAAAGGAAUUUAUGCAUCCAG